AUAGGGCUGCAGUCGAAAGUGUUCGACAGUUUGAGCCUUACACAAGUCAACAACAGACAACUGAAGAUCCACUUCAGCAAACUUGAAAUCCUGCAGAGCAACAAGAAAAGAGGGAAUCGAUUUAUUUUCAGAGGACUCGCGCAGCCUGCAGACAUGAUUUUCGACAAGUUGAGAAAGUUUGACAUCGUCUUCGACUCUCCGGAGGUGGACAGUCCUCCGGUGUUCAGCAGUGGAGACGUGGUGUCCGGACGGGUGGUGCUGGACCUGUCUGGGGAGAGCCGAGUGGACUCCCUGAAGCUCCACGCCGAAGGAUUCGCUAAAGUGCACUGGACCGAGUCCCGGUCCGCCGGCUCCAGCACCGCAUACACCCAGAACUACAGCGACGAGGUGGAGUACCUGAACCGGAGAGAGGUGCUGCUGCAGGCAGAUAAUGGUGAAGUGACCGUCCUUCCUGCCGGCAGACACGAAUUCCCGUUCAGCUUCCAGCUGCCCGAGGAGACGCUGGUCACCUCCUUCGAGGGGAAACACGGCAGCAUCCGUUACUGGGUCAAAGUGAAGCUCCACAGGCCGUGGGCCACCGUCAAGAAGAUCAAGAAAGAGUUUACAGUCAUCGAGCCCAUUGACAUCAACACACCGGCCUUACUGGCGCCACAGGCUGGAACCAAGGACAAGAUGGCGAGGGCAUGGUACCGCAACUUUGGACAGGUGUCUGUUACUGCAAAGAUCGACCGCAAAGGCUACACACCAGGUGAGGUGAUACCUGUCUUUGCCGAGUUUGACAACUCUACCUCCAGAUCAGUGGUGCCCAAAGCCUACAUCACUCAGACACAGACGUUCAUCGCCCGCGGCACCAUGAAGCAGAAGCGCUCGGUGGUGGGCACCCUGUGCGGGGACAUUGUGGGCGCCAGAUGCAGGGAGACGUGGCACGGUCGCGCCAUCAAAAUCCCACCUGUGGGUCCCUCCAUCCUGCAAUGCCGCAUCAUCAAAGUAGAGUACAUGCUCAAGGUUUGUGUUGAUGUGCCUGGGACGUCCAAACUGUGUCUGGAGCUGCCGCUGGUCAUCGGCACCAUCCCCCUCCAUCCCUUCGGCAGCCGGACCUCCAGCGUCAGCAGCCAGUACAGUGUCAACCUGGAGUGGCUGCGCAUGGCCAUCCCCGAGCAGCCUGAGCCUCCUCCAGAUUACAGCUCCGUGGUGACGGAGGAGGAGGCCGAGCAGCGCAACAACACGGUGGUCCCACAACCUGCCGAAGACCUGAGUGGGAUCCAGGAGCGCCCCCUCAUGGCUUUUGUCCAAGAGUUUCGCUUCAGACCGCCGCCGGUUUACUGCGAGAUUGACCCCAACCCUCAGCCCAUCAACAUGAGACCUCGCUGCAUGACGUGUUGAGCGACGAUCCCUGCCUGAGUGUCAAGCAACUACAAUGAUGAAACAAAUCAAGAGAUUUGUCUUCUCCUGGAUUACUUCUCUCUGAUAAAUGGCGCCUGGUCCCACCAAGUGUCGUGGAGGGGGGGCCGGACCGCCACGGAGAGGGGCAGGAGACGGAGCUCACAGGAACUGGAUGUCAGUGGGGGCCACUUCGUUUCGUGCCCAUAAAGUACAGUGGACGCUUUCCUGUUGUGUUCCAAGGAAAGUUAAAUCUCCACAUCAGUUCCUGUCCUCCCCAAGUGAUCUACAGAUCCCUCCCAAUCAAGGAUCCCCUCACGUGAAGCAAUUUUUGUGAUUUAAGGAGUUUGGGACAUUUUGGGGGGGAAGAUCACUUGAUAUUUGUCAGGUGGAGAGUUGGACUUGCACCUGUGUUCAGAUGUUUGGGGGAAAAAAAAGCGCUCUUGAGAAGCUGACGUGUUUAGAUUGUCAUCUUUGAAUGGCGUUAAGUGCAAUUAUAGUCCUCAGUUUCCAACUCUCUUUGUACUGGCAGCACAGUAGAUUUUAACAACCUAUGCAUUGUGUGCCUGUGAUGAUUUCUACUGUUACUUAAGCACAUACUGUAUCUGAAGACAUGACUGAUGGUCAAGCAGAUGUAGAUGUAUUUUAUGCAUGCAGGUCACAAUAUGUAAAAAGGGAAAAACAAGUAUGCCUUAAUAAUCUACCGUUGACGAUAGCAUGAGAGUUUCAGGGAGUAGUUCUCUCAUGGAGCUGAAUGUAUUCUGAAAGAACUUGUAGAACAAAAAAAAUGGUUGAAUUGUCUGUGGAUGAAUUCCAAGAGAAGUGCUGUGUAAAUGCAAGGCUUAGGGCACUGAGGUGUCGGAUAGCUGUGACUGUUGAUUCUUAGCACGGUGAUUAAACAGGAAGAGCAGUUUGUGUAUAAAGCUGCACGAGGCUCAUAGAUUAGCUCUCCCAGCUGCUAAACAAAAGGAGGAGGAGACCUCCGAGCCAUGUGGCCCGAAGCUUUCUGAUGGGAGCCAGAUGCCCCGGUGCAGUGGGGCACUUCGUAAGGCUCGACCCCAACACACUGCUCAGCGCUCCAGUCGAGCCUCAAGCUAGAGACGCCACUGAAACAUGCAGACGAAAAACAUUCCACAAAAAAAGACUAACUUCGAGGAUCAUGUUUUCUCCUCAACUUCCAAAAGACUGUUAGGAGUAUGAAAGAAGUGUUCAGGGUCAGCCGUGCCACUUUGUUGGCACACACUGAAAAUAACGAAUGUAUUUUUAUACAAAUGCAAUUGUUGGUUCACAAUCUUGCCAAAGUUUUGUAAUUGUUCUUUUCUAAUAAAAAAAAAAAAAGAAGCUCAAAAUGA